CAUUGGACUCCGUAAAUUCGACUGAUACUCCUGUUUCGUCCAAACCGUCGCCUUCGUGGUCGAACCCCUCGCGAUUCAGUCGCAAUUGGAGUUAGCUUGGAAGGCAACGACGGGAUUGCGGCGUACAGAGACCAACGAAACUCCGUCUUUCUGCUUCUUCCGCUCCGCUCCCUCCCGAAACCAUUGAGGAAGUUGUUGAACCAUUAAGAAGGAUGCAAAUGUUUUGGAGAAGUUGUCGUGGAUUUGGAAAUCAUCUGGCUAACCAUAAAGUUGCUCAUUCAACAGCUUCGGAGAUCUUAUUGAAUACCAAAAUGUCAGCACUGAAUCUAAACCUUACUAUGUCUGAAGGAGUAGCAAUUUACAAAAGAAAUCAUUCUUUUGCGUUUCUUCCGAAGAAUUUCUCAGUCACAGAAGGCAAGUUGCAUAGGCGUGAGUUACAGCAGUCUAAUUACACAAUAAACCAUCUUGGCGUUUGCAAAAAUACUUCAUUAAGACCCAUGACAACACUUGGCUCCUCUGAUCCACCACUUGAUUUGGAGCGGCCCCAGCGAAUCAAAUUUAAGAGACUUGAUAAAACAGCAAAGCAUAUAAUGAAUAUAUUAGAUAAGGAAGCUGUGGAGAAAGUAAAGGCUGAGAGAGAGAUUCUGGAAAUAAAACCUGGUUAUAUUGUGCAGUUGAAAGUGGAGGUGCCUGAGAACAAACGCCGUGUUUCGAUAUUAAAAGGUAUUGUAAUAGCGAGACGGAAUGCUGGUCUGAAUAGUACAUUUAGAUUGCGUAGAUUGGUGGCUGGAGUUGGGGUUGAAUCUGUUUUUCCAUUGUAAGUUAAAAAUUUUUA